AUUAUUUGUAACAGAAUAUUUAAUACUGAAUAGAGCACAAGGUUAGGCUUAUCUGUACAAGUUGACCUAUUAGUCGACGUUAAGUAUAACAAAAUACAUUAGUAUCAAGAAAAUUACUGAUGUGGACGAUCAAAGUAUUGUUCAUACUCGUACUUUGUAACAACCAUAUCUAUGGCAGCAGCAGUGACGAAGAACCAGAGCUGUACUACUAUGGUAUAGAGGAGAGCGAGCGCGGGCUGCCGGCGUGCGGCGCGCGGCAGGCAUGUGGGACGCUGCUGCAGCGCUACUGGCGGCCACGCGCUCUGCUGCGCCUGUGUCGCUGCCGCAACCGCGCGCGCUGCCUGGCGCCCGCGCCGCCCGAGCGAACGAUGUCGCUCAACAACCACGCGGAGUUACAGUUUUGCUCGUCGACCACCGAUUGGCCUCAAUGUGGAUUCGGGGAAACAUCUCUUGUCGUUGAAUCCGAUUACGAUCGCAUGAAUCCAGACGAGUUAGAAGAGAUGCACCAUAGAAAUAUACAGCUCACUCCACCCAAUAUCACAGUCAACUGCCAAUGCCUACAGCCCUAUUACUGGAAGUUGAAAGCGAAAUCGGAGGGGACUCGAAGUUACCAGUGCGGUUUUCUACCAGUUUGCCGAACUGGGGAGUUUUGCGGCAAUGUAACCAGCGACUUGUACGCGUUAUACCAGUCGUGUCUGUGUCCACGUCAUCACAUCUGUGUGCACAACGGUGGCGUCGUUUAUCAUGAUAUAUCUGAGAUCCUGUACGAAGGACAAGGAUGGAAAGCUUACUGUCAAAAAGUAAAUGAUACUGACAGUUAUGAAGAUUAUUAGAAAUAGCUACAU